AUGGCGAAUAAAGUGGCUUACACUAUGAAACUAAAACCGGGCGCUGCUGCCGAAUAUAAACGAAGGCAUGACGAAAUUUGGCCUGAAGUUCUCGUUUUACUUCAUGAACACGGAUUUACAGACUAUUCAAUUUUUCUUGACGAAGAAAAUUUAACAUUGUUCGCGGUGUACAAGCCAUCUUCGCUUGUUACAGCGUCGAACGAUGCUUUACGCCAUAAUGAGAUCAUACAACGAUGGUGGGCAUAUAUGACUGAUUUGGUAGAGUUCAACGAAGAUCACAUGCCUGUCACUAAUUCACUCAAAAUGGUUUUUCAUAUGGAUUGA